GCGCAGAGAUCCACGGAGACGCCGCAGUAAAAAUAGCGCUGCCGACCGGUGCCAAACGCGCCAUGCGCCCGCGCUGUGGUCUCAGCGGGUUACCCUUCCACCGCUGUGUCCAAACCGAGCCCAAACCUGAGCCGGACUAGAAACCGUGUUUCCAGAAUGCUGGAGCUGUGUAAAGUCACCCCUUCACUGUUCAUCUCAAACGCCCGCUCUGCCUGUAGUACUGAGCUUCUCCAGCAAGAGGCGGUCACACAGUGCAUCAAUGUCACCAGGCAGCAGCCAUUUCCCUCGACAACGGUCGCUAAGAUGCAGGUGUCGGUCUUUGAUGAUCCACAUGAGGAUCUGUACACGCACUUUGGCAGCUGUGCAGAUGCUAUCGAGGCGGAGGCGCAGCGUGGAGGUAAAACGCUGGUCUACUGCAAGAAUGGGCGGAGCCGAUCUGCUACCAUCUGCGCCGCUUACCUGCUCAAGUACCAGCAGCUCACACUAGAGGGAGCUCUGCAGAAAGUGAAAGAAGCACGUCAUGUGAUCGAACCCAACCCAGGCUUCAUGUUGCAGCUGCAAAAGUAUGAGGAGGAGCUGAGACAGAGGCGAGGGCAGACCUGACAGCUCCUCAUGGCUCCUCAUGGCUCCUCACGGCUCCUCACGGUGGCUCCAGUCUGCACCCAAUGCUGCAAUACUGGAUAUGGAAAUGGACUGGCCAACCAGGGACUAAGCCAGAGGAUAAACUCAGAUAAUAAGACUGUAGUAGUCCGAGCAGUGAAAACAUGGAACCUAGGGCUUCGAGGUAUUCAAAAUGAUAACAGAUGCCAUUCCUGGUUGUACCUCCAGGGGGUACCACAGUCAAGUCCUGGGCUCCUGUACAAUAUAUGACCGGUUUGUGUUCAUUUGUUGUUUUGUGUAGCUACCUCUAACACAGGGCUCUGUUUUAAAUAAGAAUCAAUUGACCUACCUGGUUAACUUAAAUGGAAAAAAUUAAAAUAAAUACAAGUUUUACGAU